AUGGAUGAUCUAAGUGAGCACAUCGCACUUCUUGGACAAGCCACAAAACAAUCAAAAGCACCCCAAGAUUACCAUGCACAAGCUUCUCCGUUAACUGAGGCAUACAUGGUACACCUUCUGACUGUGGCCAGCAAUGUUAUAGUGUUUGACAAGGGCAAAGAAAACCCUUUGAUAACAUCAUUACUCAACGCCGUAAGAGCUCAGAGAGAAAACUGAAAAAGAAAAUGAGGUUUUUGUUUACCCGUAAAGCAUAUGUACUUACAGAAAAACAGUUAAAUAUUAAAACAAUUAUUUCUUAACUUGAACAACUAAAUACUUUAUUUCAGGUUGAUGAAUGGAAAUGAGGUUUUCUUGGCACUGGUUUCAGUUUCUUCUUUCUGAAUCUUGUUAUUCACUUUUAAAGGUAGCAUAGUCACUAACCAUUCAGUCCAGUACUUCACUACUGAAGGGAUCUGGGGUAAUAAAUGCUGCGAUUGAGAAAUUUCUAGAGAACAUUAAUGUCAAAAGACAAGCCCUUCACAGUCAAAAAUUUGCUGCCAAUCAUGUUGACAUCUGCCUUAGGGUAAUUUAAGGUCGGGGUGAAAAACUUAUCCAUAUUCGUGAUAACUAUUCAGACUUGUAUCUAUGAUGAUAAUUAUAAUAAAGUUUAACUAUAUUAUUAUCAUUUUUCAGACAAACAACAUGAAAUGCUUGUGUAAAACCAUUUCUGAAACAACAAGGAACACAUCUCCAUCUCUGUUACAUAAGGCCACUACUACUGAGAAAAAGUUUGAAUCACUGUUAACCCUAUUUGCCCAUUGCCAUUCAAAACACAAUUCUAAUGAGGCAGUAGAGGACACAGAAGAUUCCUGCUAUUCUAACAUUUUGUCUAUUUUUAUACUUGUUGACAGAGAGAGAUAAAAGAGUUUGUGUGCUUCUUCAGGACAAAUUUCCCAGACAAAUCCUUUCCUCCACAGCUUCACGUACUGGAGGAAUAUGUUAUUCCUUUCAGGAGCAAAUGGCACUUCCCUCUAGGUUUCUUCAGCUAG